AUGCCCUAUGGGCAAGCGUGGCGUAAUCAGCGGAAAAUAUACCAGGCCAUUCUCAGCAUCACGGCGGUCCGCUCUCUCACACCAUUGCAGGAGGCCGAGGCUACAUUGACACUGUAUCAACUCUCACAAACCCCCGAAUUGUACUACGACCAUAUUCGGCGGUACUCCACUGCUGUGAUCCUGUCUUCCGUCUUUGGUAUCCGCGGACCCGAAUUUGACCACCGCAAUAUCACGCGUCUCUACCACGCCCAGGACCAAUUCACCGGUAUUCUGGAGACAGGGGCAACGCCCCCGGUUGACAUUUUCCCCUUUCUCAAACGUCUACCGGACUUCAUGUCUCCCUGGCGUCGCUGGGCCCGUCAAAUUCGGGCGGAACAGCGACAGCUUUACUUUGAGCUGUUGCAGGAGGUCAAGAGUCAGCGAGCACGAGGAAUAUAUCGCAACUGUUUUAUGAGCCAGUUGCUUGACGAGAAAUUUGCCGAGAAGUACGAGUUGGACGAAGAGCACAUUGCCUACAUUGGUGGUGUCCUGAUGGAAGGUGGUUCUGACACUACCGCAUCUACGCUGCUGUCGUUUUUACUGGCCAUGACUAAAUAUCCCAAGGUAUUCCAGAAGGCCCAGGAAGAGGUUGACCGUGUAUGCGGGAUGAGUUCAUCUCCUACAUUUGACCUCAUCGCCAAAUUACCUUAUGUGAAACAUUGCGUUUCCGAAGUAGGCAUUCGUUCAUCUUUUCAUGAUGAAUACAAAGGGUUCAAUUUCCCUACGGGUACCACAUUUCUAGCAAAUACAUGGGCGAUCCACCAUGAUCCAGAGCUCUACGACCGUCCAGAUGAUUUUAUUCCCGAGCGCUAUGAGCACCACCCUCUCGGUUUCAAAACCGACAUCAAGAAAACAACGGAUGGCAUCAGGAAGACAUACGGCUUUGGUGCAGGUAGGCGGAUCUGUCCGGGCUCCCAUCUUGCGGAAAACUCCCUGACUUCAAGAGAAUUGAACGGUAACAUAUUUCAGGAUAUCAACAUUGCGAAAAUCAUCUGGGCAUUUAAUAUUCGGGCCGGAACGGAUCCUACCACCGGACGCCAUUUGCAAGACGAGGAGGUUAAUGUUGAUGUAGCAACGCAGUGGACAGAUGGUUUCCUGAUUGCACCCAAGCCGUUCCCGAUCGUUAUGGAGUUGCGCUCUGAGAAGCACCGUGAGGUUUUUCGUCGGGAGCUUGAAGACGCUCGAAAAGUUUUUCAGAGCUAUGAAGAUUAG